GCUUUUUUCUCUUGUAGCUUUAGGACCAGUUUCAUGUGUUAGAAAAGUGGGUUGUUUUCAUCAUCUGCCUGAAGACUCUUCUUUCUCAUUUGCCUUUAUUUUUUCGUCUCCACUAUUUCUGCCUUUGUUCAAAAUGGAUACUACUUCUCAGUGGCCACAGGACAUAGGAAUAGUGAAAGGUGUUGAAGAAACCUCAUCAAAGUUGGAUCAAAGAAAACCAAGGCCACAAAAGGAACAAGCAAUAAAUUGUCCAAGGUGUAAUUCAACAAACACAAAAUUCUGUUAUUACAAUAAUUAUAGUCUCUCUCAGCCAAGGUAUUUUUGCAAGACAUGUAGAAGGUACUGGACUGAAGGGGGUUCUUUAAGGAAUGUUCCAGUUGGUGGCGGUUCCAGAAAAAACAAAAGAUCUAACAAUAACAGCAGCAACAGCAACAACAAUAAGUCUUCAUCAACAUCGACAUCAAUAUCAUCAUCCAAAAAAUUACUUACAGAUCUGGCAAAUCCUAACGACCUCAAUUUAACUUAUAAUCCAAUACCCAGUACUACUACUAGUACUGCUGCUGGCAAUUUCAGUAACUUUUCUGAUUUUAUGGCGUUACCCUUGAUCCACCCAUCAGUUAAUUCGGCAUCUUCAUUUAUGCCGAAUAAUUUGUACACAUCAUCAACUACUGGGCUUCCUAAUUUACAUGAUUUGAAGCCCAGUAAUGGUAUAAAUUUUUGUUUGGAUGGGUUUGAAAAUGGGUAUGGGAGUUUACAAGGAAGUGAUCAUCAAGAGGCAAAAUUGUUUUUUCCUAUGGAUGAUUUGAAGAUAAAUGUUUCAACGGUUGAUCAGUUUGAAGAAAAUAGAGGGCAAGCAGCUGAUCAAUCUAAUGGAUUUUGGAAUGGAAUGUUGGGAGGAGGCGGCGGAUCAUCCUGGUAAAAAAAAAUGGAAAUUAUAAAAGAGUUUCUUUCUUUUGGGUGAGCACAUUGUGUGUUCUGGAUGAACCUCUUAUUGUGUGAUAGCCAGCAAAUCAUAUAGAGAUGUAAAUCGCAUUAGACAAGUUUUAUGCGACGUACUUGACUCGUACGUCUCCAAAGACAUUGAAUGGGAUCGUCGAUCCUGAGUCAUCCGGAAUACUGAAUGACCACCAUUCAAAUCAGCUAAGCUAUCACGAAGUAUCUUUAUGCCAAUUAUUCAAGCUCUUCUAACUAUCCUCAUCCAACCAUUCGUCCGAUCCAGGAUGCUUACUUUCGAGUUUGUCGACAGGUCAUAUUGCUGAGGAUUGUCAUUUCUUUCCAACUCUAUAAUCUUAAUUUUGUAUCUCACAUUAUUCCAAUCACCUUUUGCUCAUGUUUCAUUAAAAGUAGGAUAUUCUACUUCUAUUAGAUAGCAACCUAAUACAAGUAGAGCCAACUAGCUAGGUAACACAUGAUAACAUACUUUUAUCACAUGCUAA